AUUCUUGAACAUUGUAGAUAAAAUAGAAUCAACAAUGUCUAAAUGUAGAAGUGAAGGUGAAAUUUUAUUAACGGAAAAGUAUGUUUCCUCAUCAAAAGAGCGGCUUUACAUCAAGCCACCUGCAAAACAUUGUUGUAUUAGAAGAGAGGCGAUCCAGUAACCUAACUAACUGGUUUACCCAAAUAUUUCUACCCCAGGGCUAUCCCGACAGUGUUAGCAAAGAUUACUUACCAUACCAAGUGUGGGACACGGCACAAGCUUUCUGUAGUACAAUUUCAGGCAUUCUUGCAACUCAGGAGGUACUUCGAGGAGUGGGGGUGGGAGAUACCAACGCCACCCCUCUUGCAGCUACUAUUACUUGGGUCCUCAAGGAUGGUUGUGGACACAUUGGGAGAAUAUUAUUUGCUUUCAGUCAUGGAACAUACCUAGAUGCAUACAGUAAAAAAUGGAGACUUUAUGCUGACACUCUUAAUGAUGCAGCAAUGUGCAUCGAAAUAGCUUUGCCGAUGUUCCGGAACUACACUACAUUUGCAUUAUGUGUCAGUACCGUCAUGAAGGCUAUUGUGGGUGUUGCAGGUGGUGCUACUCGAGUAGCGAUGACCCAACACCACGCAAUAAGAGGCAACAUGGCUGACGUAUCGGCGAAGGAUUCUGCUCAAGAAACUGCGGUCAAUCUCAUCGCUUCAAUCACAGCACUGCUAAUUAUUACGUUAUUUGGCAACUCUAUUAUAAUAUUUAUAAUGAUGAUAAUACUUCAUAUUACAUUCAACUAUUUUGCUGUGCGAGCUGUUUGUUUGAAAACAUUGAAUGAACCAAGAUUCCUACAAGUUAUCGAAACUUAUUUGAAGAAAGAAGUUAUGGCUACUCCUUGCGAAAUAAAUCAGAAUGAACCAAUCGUAUUUUACCAAUUAGGACCAAAUUUAUUAGACUUGAAGAUAGCCGGAUUUCAGAUAAAAUUAGGAGGUUCAGUAACGUCCUUUCUACAGCGUAAUCCCAAGGCAGCGUGUUUGAAGGUACUGAGCGAGAUUUAUGGGCGUCGCGAGUACAUGCUGGUCCCCGACGUGGCGAGCCGCCAACUGUUAGUGGUGGUGAAGGAUUCGGCCGCGCCGGACGACGUCUUGUGCGCUUACUUCCACGCCGUGCUGCUGUCUAUCGUGACGUGCGCUAUCAACGAUCACAAUUUGCCAAUAUAUCAAAGCACGGGCUAUCCCCGGCCUUUCGCCCUGGUGUGCCAAGCGCUGCAAGCGGCCGAGUGGAGCCGCGCGGCCGCGGAGGGCGCUGUCGCUGGCCGCUUCUCUUACGGGCCGUCCCCGGAGCUCGCGCGCUACGUCGACAAGAUUGUCAACAAGGAGUGGCACCGGAUGAGGGCGGGUAUGAGGCAGACAGGUUGGGACUUGAGUAAACACCUGCUAAUGGUGGACGAAUGGCGUAUUUGUAACCAUGGCAACGCCACAGUAGAACCAUCCUCAAAUAAAUUGCAUUUAAAUGAAGAAAUCGGUGAGCCGGGCAACAAACUAGCAUUUGGUGACUUGCUGGGCGAAUUCAUGGAUAUCGACUUCACGAUUGAACCUAAUGGGAGGUUCGAGAGGCUGCCGAGUGGAAUGGUAUUCAGAACACAAUCGGAUGCGAAAGUACUGAACGCGACGGAAGCGAAGCCCGAUGUGAUUGAUCUCGACAAGCAAUGACUGGUAGACAUUGACGUGGAUGUUAUUAAGUUGCAUCCGCUGCUACCUGUUAAAAGCAAGCUUUAGGACUGAAUCAAUCGAAUCAGGUAACGCAUUAAACAGUAUAUCUAUGAUAGAGAUCCUCUUUUAGAGUUACAAGUAAGAUCAUCUAAUGAGUUGUCAAAGAAUCAGUUCUCGAUUACAAUAUUAUUGGAAGCACAGUUGAAGCGUUGCAGCAAUCUUAACCGUAAUCGGAGUAUAGAUACAGACUUUCAAUUCGCAAUGUUUGAGUUUGAUACUAUACCUACUCUAAUUGAAUCAUUACAUUAUACCUCGUUUAUAGGAAUAAAAUCUAAAUAAAAUAUUUUCAAUCUUAACUGAAUGCUGAAUGAGUAAGUUUAAUUGUUUAAAUAACAAAUAUUAUUGCAACCAUUGCUA